AUGACAACAGAAAACUAUAAAAUUAUUAUUUGUGGUCUCAGAGAUAGAAAAGAAUUAUCAAUAAAUAAAGAUAUUACACUUGAAGAUCUCAAAAUACUAGUAUCUAAUGCUUUUAAUAUCCCGGUUGAUGAAUGUAUUCUCUACUAUAAAAACAGAAUUCUAAAUGUUAAUGAUAUACAACUUUAUAAGUUAAUUGAUUUUGAUAAAGAUAUCGAAUUAUCUAUUAAAAGGCAUGUUACUACUAAAAUUCUAGGGAAGAAAGAGGGUGGUGGUAUGAUGUCUUUAAUGAAAAAUCCUAUGGUUAAAGGAAUGUUAAAGAACCCUCAAACUGUAAAAUCUAUAAAGAAUAUGUUCCCUGAAAUGCUAGAAGAUAACCAUGAACUUGAUAAUUUAAUUAAUUCUGGUCACCUUGAAGACGAACUUAAUCGAAUGGCUGAUGAUGAUGAAUAUCUUAAUUCUCAGUUAAGAAAUGCUGAUGUUGCUAUGUCUAAGUUAGAAACAAUGCCAGGUGGUUUAAAUGCUAUGAACUUUUAUUUAAAGGGAUUUGAUCAAUCUCCAAUUGGUCUAUUUGGGAAAUCAAAUUCAUUUAAUGUUGGCUCUAAGAUUUUUGAAAAAGAAACAAAAACUAUUGAAGGAACAAUAAAGGAGAAUCCUUUAGUUAAGUAUAGAUCUCAAAAUGCUAUUUUAAGAGAAAUAGGAUUUAUGGAUACACAAUCCAAUUACAAAGCUCUAAUAAAAUCAAAUGGUGAUUUAACUGAGGCUCUAGAAAUUUUAAAGUCUGAAGAAAAAAAAUAA